ACGUUUGUGACCUUUGCCAGCAUUUAUAAAAAUUUUCUGCGGUUGUAGAUGCUGCAAAGAAAAUAAGAGACAAAUACACUUCACAGCUGCUACAAAUGGAUGGAGACAGAGCUAUAAAGUGUGGUUUCUGUCAUCUGGGGACUGAAGUUGAAUCUAUCUGCGGGAAGUUACAUUAUGACAACAAAAAUACUGCAGCUCAUCACAAAUGUAUGCAAUAUUCAGCUGAUCUUGUGCAGUACAAAUUUGCAAGUUUUGGAGGAUUUAAAAUUGACAAAGUUGAAAAGGAAAUCCAAAGAGGAAAGAGAUUGAAAUGCACCAUAUGCAAAUCUGACAAAAGCAGGUAUGGGAAAAUGCAAGGCGCCACUGCUGGAUGUGCUAUAUCCAAGUGUUCCAAAACAUUUCACUUCUACUGUGCCAAGCUGGAUGAUGUGGCUGUCACGAAGCGCAUGGAGGUCAGAUAUUUGAAGGAAAACGAUAAACUUGUGAUGUACAGAGUAUUUUGCGGACCAGCACAUUAUGACCAGUUCAAAAAAGACAAAGGUGCCUUGAAAAAACAACAUAGACAAAUAAACAAGGACUGUUCUGAUGAGGAGCCACAAAGUGGAGAUGAAGACGAGCAAAGUUAUGAAGCUCCACUCGACUCCCUUAACACACAGUUGGAUGAGGACAUUUUGAUGAUUAGCCAGUUGUCUGAUAAUGAUGCAAAUGAAGACAACAAUCAGAAUUUGAAUGAAUCAAGUGACUCAGAUCUGGAGGAUCCAUUGAACAGCACAACAGGAAAUCGAAGAACUAAGACAGUUGACAAGAAAGGAGACAAUCAUACACUAGAUGAUUCUAGAAAUUGUCAAAGUGAUAAUGACAGUGAUGGAUCUGAUUUUGUAGAAGAUGAGAAUGUUAAGGUAGCAAAAUGUGGUAAUAAAUCAUCUAAAGUGACAGUAGAAAGAAACUCUGCAGUUAGGGAAAACAGUGCUAAGAAAGGAAAGCUAGAGACUCCCAAAGUACAAAAGACUCCAAACACAAAGAACAGUCUCACAAAAAGCAAAGCAGCUGAAAAACCAGAAUCAUUAACUCCAAAGAUUAAUAUCGGAGGAAGUACAAAAAAAAUGGGUCAACAGCAGGUCAGUGUGAAAGACACUCGAGCCACACAAAACACGGGGAAUGAGAAAGGGAAACAGAACAAGAAUAGCAGUCCUGUGAGAGGUAAAAAUGGUAUCACAGAACGGAGGACGGAGGAGGGGGAGAGAGAUGACAGUUCUGAUGAAAACAUUAAAGAAGAUGAUGGACAGAAUUUGAUUGAAUCUAGUGACUCAGAGCUAGAGGAUCCAUUUAAUAAUAAAGUAUCAAAUACUGAGCAAAAGUCAUUGAAAAGGAAUGUAAAGAACAAUUCACUAAAUAAUUCAAAAGUGUGGAAGGAUAAUGACAGUGAAGAAUCAGAUAUAUCAGGAGAUGAAAAUGAGGUUGUGGAAAAAGACUUAAAGAAAACUACAGGGAAGAGUAAGAUGACAGUUGUGAAAAAGAGUGCAGACGGUGAGAGCAGUGUAAAGAAAGGGAGAUUUGAUACCACCAAAUCCAACAAGACUCCAGUCACGAAGAACAGCUCCAAAGUAAGUAAAACAACUGAACCAUCCGCAUCCUCCACACCAAAGAAAAAUGUACGAGAACCUUCCAAAAAAUUGCCCAUACAACAGAAGAUUAUUACACAAGCAGAGCUUCAUGUCACAACUUCACCUUCAUCAGGGGAUGAGAACACAGAUGAUGAGGCUACUAGUAAUGGCGUAUACCACAGUUCUGAUGAUGAACCAAUACCCAGCCCAACAGUUUUGGAAAAGGUCAGUUCAUCUCCACAGAAAGCUAGGAAUGAUCCAGGAAAGUCCAAUCCAAAUGAAGAAUUCAGCUCUGAAUCUGAAUGGGAGGAAAAUGCAACAUUUCCAGAUUGUGCCCUAGCAAUAAGCAGCACAAAGAAAGUCUGGCCCUUAAAGAGAGAUAUGAUACCCCAGAAAGCCAGGGAGUUAUUUGAUGUGCAAUAUGCGAAAUCCUGGUCUCAGUCUGCAAGCUUUUCUAAUCAGCUGAGCGAUGAUCAUCUUCCUUACAUCAUGAAAAUCAUUGCAGACAUGGUCAGGGACAAAAUGUUCAAAAAACUCUGUCAAUUGUUGACCGACUGCAGCUAUCAGCUAAGCCAGAUGGAAUCCAUCAAUCACUUGUUAAGUCUUGAUGAUGACUUAAUAAAUAAUGUCAGAGAAUCUCUGCUUGCUAAAGUUGAGAAACAGGAAGUCAACGGCGAAGUUGUGCUCAUAAUGGACUCCAAAUUAAACACGCUUUUUCUAAAAUUGAAUGACACUGUGGAUAGAGUUUGUAAAAUUAGGAGUCAACUAUUUCCAAAUGCAAAGGAAUUGUCCAGCUGUCUAUAUGAAUGGAAAGAAAAUACUGUGUCAGCCAUUCCUCCAAACCAUUCAGACAUAGACUUUGAGUGGAAGGGAAUCAGUGUUUGGCUGAAGAAGGAAGGCUGGGAUAGGUGUGAACAGUGCAUUUAUCCUUCGCAAGACAUAUUUCUGGCAUCUGUGGAAAAUAAGAGCAUAGAAAAGUUGAUUGAAUGUCACCAUUCAAAGGAUGUAAUGAACAAUCGAAAGAAACUGAUCUUUGUGAGAGCCAUGGAUGAUAUGGUUAACUUAGACAUGUUCAUUCAAAGACUGAUCAGUUCUUGUGCUAAGCACAGGAAUGUCCUCAUCAUAAGUCAUGCAAAGCCACCCAUUACCAUCAAAUCUCUUUUGCCAUCAAAUAUGAGAAAAGGAAUAGAAGUGAAAGUAAUGAGUGCCUUCAAACCUUCUAAUAAACGAGGUAUAUCUGUGGUUGUGAUCAGUGUUAGCAAUCCGAAUUGGCAGCAGCAACAGAGAUGUUCAGAUUCAGUUCCUGCCAGAACAAGUGAAGAUGAAAUAAUAGCUUGUCCAGAAGAUGAUGUAGCCAGGGACAGAAAACGCAGAAGUCUUCCUGUUAGAACCAGUGAUCCUCAGUCAAAACGUAAACGAAAAUUUUAACCAUUCUGGACAAACAGUCUUUCUAACAGUGUUUGUUUGGUUAAACUUUAUACUACAUACAGGGUGCAGCUUUUUGCUAUGUUCAGUAGUGUCAAAAGGGCAAAUUUUCACUGCCAGUUCCUAUUAGGUAUUUCACUGUAACAAAAAAGAAGCAUCUCAUGUCAUAUUCAUUUUUAUCAUGUUUAAUCCCUUAUCAUGCUUAUACAGUAGAUUUUGGUCAUAAAAUAAUGUUUUCAUAUCAACAAUUGUGACAUCACAAUAAUCUAUACAUGAAAAUGAUGAAGUCAAAUAAGGGGGAUCCCUAUGUAAAACAUGCAAUAAUUAUGUGAAAUGUGAUAAAAAGAAUCACCAAUGGUUUGUGGUUAUAAUUUUUAUCUGCCAUGUGUGUGUUCUAUCCCCUUGCUAAGGCUCAGGGAUAGAAAACAAACCAAUGCAUGGUUGGAUAAAAAUCAUAUCCAACCAUAAACCAAGGUAGAUUCUAUAUUACUCAGUAUUUACAUGUAUAUGAUGAAUUUGUAUGGAUCUUUCGAAAUUUGUACAGUAAAGCACGCUUAUAACGAAGUGCCAGGGACGGACGAUUUUGCUUCAUUAUAAACGUAAUUCGUUAUAUCCAUUAAGUUCAUAACAUAUUUUAAAGCCAUGGGGAAUGAAAAUCACUUUGCUGUAAGUGUCAAUUCAUUAUAAGCGUGUUCGCUAUAAGAGUGUUUUACUGCACUUUAAUAUAUGAAGUAUUUUUGUGGGAAAAAAAUGAAAAAAAUUAUAAUGAACAUCCUGUAUUACUCAGUAGAUACAUGUAUAUGAUAAAUAUGUGUGGGUCUCCUGAAAUUUGUACUUUAAUUUAUGAAGUAUUUUUUAAGGGGAAAAAAAAAAUUUAAAAUGAACAUAAAUAUAAACUUGCUGCAGAUCUGUAGCAAACUGGUCUUACAAGUUUGGAUAGACAAACAAAAAAGCUAUCGGUCCAUUCUUUUCAAAUAAAAUACAGUGUAUAUAUAGUCAAACCUCAUUAUCUCAAACUCGGGGAGGGAACCAAGGAAAUAUUUUAAUAUAUCCAAAGGUUCAAGAUAAUUAGGGUUAAAAAGGUGGAGACAGGGGGUUGGGACUUCUAAUUGACUGAGAGAUAUCCAUGGUAUUUGAAAUAUUGGUGUUCAAUUUACUCAGGUGAGCAUUCUUGCCCAAGGGUCUCUUGUUAUUCAUAUGUCUGAUUCAACAUAAACAUAUUGCAUUAAAUGGCAUGUUUUGCUCAAAUUUCCUGUGGUAAUGGUUAAAAUAAGAAACAGAUAAUGAAAGUCAUUAUACUUAAUUGAACCUUUUAUCAGAAAUAAAAACCAACAAUCUUUUUAAGGUAGGCAUAAGUUCUUUUAAACCCACACUAUUAAGAAACUCUUUCACACUGAGCUGACAUUUGUUAGCUAUCAUGCCAUGCAAAGAUAACUUUUUCUUCUGAGAUAACUCUUGCAGGUUGGUUGAAGAAUAAAAAAAAUACACCCUCCCUUCCCCCCACAAAAUAAAUCUACAUUCCUCCCCUCCCAGAAAAUUUUUACUGGAAUUGCUCCAAAGAAUUUAUCUUUUACCCGAUUCAUAUUAAAAUUUUUAAAAAAAAUUCAUGGUGCAUAUUAGUUGAAAUUUAUAAAUGAAAGCAAGGAAUUAUAUUUUCUCGUUUUACUUCAAUUGAAAAUUAUAAUUAAAUGUUUCAAUUUUUGGAAAAGAAACUUUAAAGUCAUUCUUAUUUCCAUUCAGUGAACAAUUGGGAUAAAAUUAUCACAACAAUAUAAACAGGCAGAUUUUUCCAUGAUCUCAGGCUUAGGGAGCUAUAAACAAUGGGUAUGAGGAAUCUUUUGUUGUAGAAGAAGUAAAAUGAUAUAUAUAAAGAACACUGUAACAAUUUGAGAUGGCUUAGCUCAUGAGUUAUGCUUACUUUUUUUUUUUACCCCGGUAUGUAAAAUAAAUAGACACUUUUUUGAAUGAAUAAAACUGAAGCUCUCUGUCUAUCCCAUUUUUCUUCCAGACCAGUGAGCUACAGAUCUGCACCUUGUGAUAUAUGCAGAGAGAAACAAGUUGAAAUUUGUGAUUUUAAUGAAUAUGGUGUGUUUAUAAAGUAAGCCUUUUUGACAAUUUGUAUACAACUGCAUGUAUUAAUGAGAUUGAUAAUGGCAAAGCAAAUUGUGUUUCUUUCUGGAAGAUAUGAGGUAUAUUAAUAUGUAACGAGUUUGUAAAACAGGUGUAUUUUUAAGCUCACCUAAGCUAUAAACUCAAGUGAGCUUUUCUGAUCAGAGGAGUGUCUUUCUUUCCAUCCAUCCAUAUGUGAACAUCACACAUUUUUUACUACUUCAUAAUAACUACCGGGCCAAUUUCAACUUAACUUAGCAAAUGGUAUAUUUUUAUUGUAUAUAUUAAAUCUGAAGACAACUCAUAAAUAGCCAUACUCCAUAUUAAUUUUUCUAUCUUCAAUAUCAGCACUGGGAUUUUGCAUAAUUGUUUACAGUAAAAAAAAAGAGUAAAUGGGACUUCCAAAUCACUUCGACAUAUCCAUGGUAUUCGAGAUAUCAGUAUUCGAGAUACGGAAGUUCAACUGUAUAUUGGUACCCAAAGGAAGGUCUUGUCACAAGGAAUACACGUGAAAUAUGAAAACCAUAGCUCCAACCAAUCAGAAGUCAGAGCAGUGUUAAAGUUUUUGCAGACAGAUAGACAGGGCAAAAACUGUAUACUCCCGAAUCUUUGAUUUAGGGGGGUAUAAAAAUGUUUUUCAAAACAGCAGUACUAUGUUGAUUACAUUGAUAUUAAAUCAAAACAAUGUUGUGUUAAUUUAAUUUCAAAUAGAGCCUAAUGUCUAGAUUUUGGUCCACAUCAUAAAGUCAAAAUAUGAGAAUAAAGAGGGACUUUAGAAAAAAAAAUCUGAUUGGCCAAAGUGACUCAGGUGAGCAUUGUGGCUCAUGAGCCUCUUUUUUAACCUUUAAUAUGAAUUGUAUAUCAUACAAGUAUACUUGUAUAUAUUUCACAGCAUAUUUCACAUAUAAAAAUAUCAAGUCAGUAUUCACAUUUAAUAUCAUUCUGUGGUAAGGUCAAUAUAUUUUAGUUUGAAUUGCUGGUUUCCUUUUUCAUCUAUUAUAACUUCAUAAUGAAAUUUUGUACUUUUGCACAUCACUAAAAAUUGAUCUGGAAAUAAUUACAUUUGGUAUAGCUUUGAAG